UCUAUACAGUACACAGGUUCGGGUACUUCUCACAAAACCGGCUAAGUCAGCGGAGCAAAGACUUGGAAACAACAGCAAAAUGACUUCUUUCGAUGUCGCCGAACUGAUAUCGGCAUUUUCAUCGAUAUCAUUACUUUGUCGAGAUAUGUGCAGACGGUUUCCGAAAGAUCAGAUGGUUAUUCUUAAGUCUCAAGCAGUAGCUGAAAAAUACAUGGCUGAUUUACAGAGCCCUGACACAGAAGGAAUUGUGAAAAAAGCUCUUAAAGAAUUCACUCAGAUCCUGCUAGACGUGACUUUCUUGGAAGAAAAUCAGCUGGUAGAAGAUGAAUUCCCAUUGGCUGAUGGAAGGGCCAGGAUGACCAAACUAAUGGACCUGUACGCCAGACCGGUCGAUCUCGUUAAGAAGGUCUUUGGGGACUUCUCUCUGCCGAUGGACAUCCUUGGCAAGGACUUUGUGGAGUGCCUGCACUGGAGGAAAGGAGCCCUGAUGUACAUGUACUGUAACACUCUCUAUGAGCAGACAGAACGGGUCAAAGAUGAACUCACGCAAUUCAUGCAGUGUUUGGAGGAAGGAGUGAGGCAUCUUGAAUCCAUGCUAGCCGUCAGACUACCAACUAACAAGGCACAGAUAGAAUCACAGGUGCUGACUGAAGAUACUCUAUCGCUGAUCAAACAAGGGCUCUUCUCCGAUACACAUGUCCUUGCUUUAAUGUAUGCCGGCGAGAUGUGCUACUGGCAUCACACGCUCCUCAAGCAGAAGAAACAGAAUGAGGGCGCCAGUCUCUCCGUCAUGGCGGGCGGACACAACCGCACGUCUCAAGAGGACAUUAACUCCAUCACAAAGUCCGCAUCCAACUUGGAUAUAGCCGGGGAUGACGUUUGGCAGGCGAGACACCCCGGCAAUCGACACUCCAUUCACAUCUGCGAGGGGACUCUCCUGUUUGACGGAAGGAGCGUCGGGAAGCGCAUGUUGCAGAGGUACGUGGAGGUCGUGAAGGGGCCGUUGCGGUUCGUCGGCUGGGACUGCACGCGGGCCGACGAGUUGCUGCAGCUUUUAGACGCGCAGGGUUGAAGAGGGCGGUGUAGGGAUGAUAUUAUAGCUAGUAAAAAAUAUGAAUAGUUACAGGGAUACCACUGGAAGUCGCUCUUGUUCGUUAUAGUCAAACUCGUGGAGCAUCGAAAUGGUUCCCUCCCAUUGAGAUUGUAUGUGGGAGAGAGCUAUUUGGAGCUCCAUGUAUUGACCUUCGAGGAUGUACCCUUGCGUGUGUCACAACUAUAUCUCUCAGUAGGCUAUGGGUGGGAUGAUUUGAUCAUCCGUAACACGAUUACGAAGGAGGAUUGAUUGUAUGAAGUAACCGAGCCCUCCUCUUAUGUACCUAACCCUCAAUGAUUCCUACAUUUAUUUGAUAUGCCCCCUUUAUACGCUCCUCCAUUCUAUUUCAAUGUCACCAUACCUGGCCCACUGAAUAUUGUGCAAUUGUUAUGAUCUAUGAUAUUAUAUUCAACCCCUGACCUAUGUGACCCAGUUCAUACACAAAGCUACAAAUCGUAUGCGAAGAGCCAGAAGGUCGUUACCUCUUCUCAUUUAACACAGGCUUAACACCUUUCUUACUCUCAAGUCAAUGGACGAAUUGUAUCAUUGUAACUGGAACACGAGUCAUUUGUGUGUAGCGAUUAGGUAUUAUUUACUCAUAAAUGUUCCAAUAUACCUACAUUAUUCUUCUGACAAUCAUGUUUGUCUAUCACUCUAUCCUGAAUCUAGAUCCUUAAAUAUUCUGUCAAAUAUUCAUUCUUUAUUUGCGAAAUUGUUUGAUAUGUUGUACUAGCACAGAGUGGUUUCUGCCAACCUUAUAUCAUGAUGAUAUAUAACUCAAUGUAUGUCAGUCUUAAUUUAUUGGUACAUGUACAUUCAUUUAUUCAAAGAUAAUCACUGCCCAUACUAUUUGGGAUGCUUCAAAGCCACUUUUCCAAAUUUCUGGAGCAAGUUCAACCAAACCAAAUAGGCUGAUCAACAAAUUACACUCGGCGGUAUACUAGCCUCCACAAGGCAAGCAGACCAGGGCACCAUCUUACAAAGAGUUGCGAUUGAUCCAAAUCAAUCGCAAGUCCUCCAAUCAAUCGCAAGUUUGCAGUCUCGUAUCUCUUUUGUCCAUAGUUGCAAUUGAUAUCAAUCGCAAAUAUGUUGUGAUUGAUAUCAACUCUUUGUAAAUCGGGGCCCAGACAUAUUUAGGCAAACGGUAUCGAUGUGAUUGGGAAAGAAUCGUAAAUACAUGUGCAUGUACAUGUAUGUAGUUGUCCUUGUGGAGAAUUAAGUAGUGUGACAUGAUUAUGGCAUUGAUGUACUUAAAAAACAAACAUUUGUUCAUAUAAUCUAAUUGUCGGUACUGAAAUCGUGUUGGAUGGUUCACUCACAGUGCAGAAUAUACAGUCUAGGGGGCGUUUCACAAAGCCUUUUUUCAAUGACAAAUAACAAAAAUCAGUGACAAAUCUGCUGAUUACCAAUCAGAAGCAAGGAUUUCAGUAGCUUAUAACACAAAUCGUCAUUUGUCACUGAUGACAAGUUUUGUGAAACACCCCCCUGGUUAGAGCCGAAAAGGAUUUGACUCGUAUCUAUUUACUCAGAGAUAGCCCUUCUCUUGCUCUCGUUAAACAAUAUAAGUUACUGUGAAAUUUUGUUUACCCCCAAGUUUGGUUAUCUUUAAAUGUCCAUAUUAUAUUAUGAAAUAUAAAUGUAAUGUAUCCCUUUUGUGUGUUACAUGACCAGAUGGAAUGUUAAAAUGUGUUGUAAAACUAUAUUAUACUAUAACACUGUUUAUAUGAAAAAAUUGUGAUAGAAGUUUCCCUCCAGUAUGUGUGUGUGGGUGGGUGGGUGUGUGUGAUGUGUAGUAAACCACUUUCCAUUCAAUCAUGUCGUGAAAGAAAAGCACAUGUCAAUGGUCAUUUUGGAAUGUGGCAGAAAAGGAGCCAAAAUUGCAUUCUGGAUUUGGAUUGAAUUGAGUCUUGAAAGAUACUUUAUAAAACAUACUUGUAAAUUAUGUCCCCUUUAUAAUCAUAAAACAUAACUUGUUGAUCGUUUUCUAUCAUCAACUCUUAAAUGAAUUUGUGAAGUUUUGUACCAGUGAUAGUGCCAAAGGAGAAAAUCACCUUUCAUGUACAUGUACACUGUACGCAAGCCCAAAUUGUAUGUUAUAAAGGAGCACAAUGAAUGAUCCGUGUUUUGAAAAUUUUGAAUGUGACUUAUAUUGUCAUUUUUCUCUGUCAAAGGAUGAACUACACUUGCCAAAUUAACUUGUUUGUGUGUGACACUGAUUGUAUGCAACACAGUGAUCAUGUGAUAAUGUGCAGUACCCUUUAACAACAAAUUAUUAUGGAAUGUUCAUGAAAAUGUGUGAGUAGAGGUAAAGAGGAAUAAUAAUAAUUAUUAGAUCAAUUUGUAUAGUGCAGUUACUAUAUAUACAUGUACUCUACUGCGCUGAAAGUGCAUGAUGAAAUAUAGAUGAAUACAUCCCUCUGUCAUACAUUCUCG